UCCACUGUGUUCACGAGACUGGACACGAGCCUCAGCAAGAAGCCAGCAGGUGCCCAUGAAUCCCUGAAGAAGGAAAGCCGCGACUUCGCCACCCAUGUGCUGAGCACGAUCCACAACAGCGUAAAUCAAAAGCAUCACCUGCACAGCAAAUCAAAUAUCAGCCGCCGGAACGUGUUGAGCUCUCCUGACCAAUCUCCAGCAGGGAACCUCGGGCAGGAGGAGAACUGGGAGACUCUGGGGGCCUUGACACUCCCGUCAACCAAGCAGAUGGGGGCCGAAGGUUCCCCGGUCAAGAGCAAAUCACUGUUUUGUCAGGCCAGUCAAAACCACGUGGGGAAGAUGGAUCCCAUGGUAUCAAAUGGCAGCAAUCAGCAGAGAGAAGUGGGGGUGGUCGUGGGGGUCCCCUCGCCGGAGAACAGUCCCGAUGGGAAGCGUCGUAACAUGAGGAAAGGCUCUGGCCUCGUGGACACGCAGACCAGCUGCAUCCGACAGAUCUUGCUGCUGCAACUGGAACUGAUUGAACAGCAGCAGAAGCAACUGCACAACAAGAGCAAAGAGAUCGAUGAUCUCAAAGCUGAAAAUGAGAUGCUAAUGGCCCGAAUUGAAUGCAUGGAGCAUCGGCUGCAGAUGGUGAAAAAAGAGGGUACAAAAUCCACAGAUGAUGUCCAGCAAUCUGAGGGGCGGGUCCAAACCCCAAAGCAAAUGCACUUUGGAAGAGGAGGAAAAAGCCUGAAAAGGAGGUUUCUUUUCCAGGACUCCCGGAUGAGGAGGUCACGACGUGGGCAGCCCAGGUUAUCACCACCACCACAGGAUAGCCCCGCUCAGAAGGAGGAACCCCAGGAAGAGACGGAGCCUGAAUUGCAGUCUCAGUCGGAGGAACUGCCCUACCUGACUACCACAGAGAUGUACCUCUGCCGCUGGCAUCAGCCGCCUCCGUCACCUUGGCGAGACCCCUCACCUGUGCAUGAGGACACAGUUGCAGUUCCUUCUUGGCGAGAGAGUAUCUUAGAGCCAUUGGGGCAGAAAGAGGCGUCGGAGAUCCCUGAGUGUCUAGAUGAUAAUGUUUUUCUGAAGAGGCAUUCAAAACUUGAGCUGGAUGAGAAGAGGAGGAAGAGGUGGGAUAUCCAGCGCAUUCGUGAGCAGAGGAUGUUUCAGCGCCUGCAGCAGAGGAUGAACAGGAGGAAGGUCAUUCAGGAGAGCGAACCAGAGCUGCUCUCCUUCUAUCCAGACUCUGAGGAUGUGGAGUCUAUUAUGGUGGCACCCGUCCUGCCAGUGGUGGCUUUUGGAAGACCUCUUCCCAACCUGAAACAGCAAAACUUUGACCUGCCCUGGCUAGAUGAGCGUAGUCGUUGUCGAGCAGAGGUGACUAAGAAACGGACGCCUCAUCGAACAUGUCGCAAAUGAAAAGCUUCUUCCAAAAUCUUAGCCUUGUGGUCUCAUCUCUCGUACACACCUAUAUUGCACUUUGGAUCUUCAGAAGCAGAUUGAAGGGUGAAUUUUGGAUCUCUCUAAAGCCCCCUGCUUGGUAUCCAUGAGAAACUGUGUUUUGCUCUGUAAUGUCUGAGAAACAAGCUCUCCCAACAACACACCCAUGAUCACAGUGCCGAGUGUAACACUUCAGUGUUCACGUUUGCGUCAUACUUUGCAGGUAAGCUUGAUCAGUAUGGACCAAAGCAUCUACCGUAACACAUCGAGAGCUGCCGUAAAAGAUCAACACUUGUACAUGCUGCGCUAUUUGGUGUGUGAGUUCUCUCAGUCACAUAAAGGGAAAAAUGAUGAAAACCGGUUACAGAAGCAUUUGUUGUAACAUAAUGCUUUUGUUCCAAGGAAAUGUGUAAGAUACUUGUAACUAAAAAAAUUAUUUCAAAUAUUAAAACGAGUCAUAUUGUGAAUAUAUACUGUGUUUUCAUG